CUAAUAAUCUAAGUGAAUACAUCAGCUACUACGAGCCACUCAGCUACGACACCAAAGCAGUUCACAAUGCCCAUUUGCGUAGCAAACGGUCGCUGGUCAGCAACAACAAUGUCUAUUUAUCGUUCAGCGCACAUCAGCGCCAUUUUCGAUUGCGGUUGAAACGUGAUUUGGAGGUGUUCAGCGACAAGCUGGAAGUUUUAGAUGAUAAAGGCCAAAGAAUAGAUAUGGAUACGGCACAUGUCUACAGUGGACAUAUACUGGGUGAACCUGACAGUAAAGUAUUUGGCUCCAUAUCAGAAGGAGUUUUCGAAGGAAAAAUUGUUUCGCCUAGUGGGUCGUACUAUGUAGAGAAGGCGCAUCAUUAUUUUCCACAGAAAACCCAUCCAAACCGAACAUUUCAUUCGGUAAUUUACCAUGAAGAUCACGUACAUGACCCGUACGAAGCCAUGCGAGAAGGUCAUUCAGCUGGUUGUGGUAUUAAUGAUGAGGUGAUUGCUUGGAUGGAUUCAAUUCACAACACAGUAGUGCCCGAUCCAUUUCCAACAUCGCUGGAAAAACCUCAUAAUACAUCAAAAUUAGUGAAACUGCUUUCCAAAGAUGAAACGAACCAGAUAUUAACUAAUAAAGUGAAUGGUAGUCCAGUGAACCCCAAAUCGAGCUAUGAGGCUGGCUUUAAGAAGUAUUCAAAGGAAGCCAAUCAAAACUUUUCACGGCAUAAAAGAGCAGCUCGAAGGGACGACAAGAAGAACACUUGCUCUCUAUACAUACAAACUGAUCCGCUUAUUUGGAGGCAUAUUAGGGAAACCUUUCCAGAGCACACUGAUCCACGAAAGGAGAGCGAAGUUAAUGAGAAAACAAGGGAAGAAAUUUUAUCUUUGAUUGCUCAUCACGUCACUGCCGUUAAUUACAUCUAUAGGGAUACGAAAUUUGAUGGUAGAAGCGAACAUAGGAAUAUUAAAUUUGAAGUACAGAGAAUCAAGAUCGAUGAUGAUUCCUCAUGUAAAUGUACUCAUCACCAUUGCGGUGACAUGAAUCAGUUCUGCCUGGAAAAUAUCGACGUUAGCAAUUUCCUAAAUAUUCACUCGUUGGGAAAUCACGAAGACUUCUGCCUUGCAUAUGUGUUCACUUAUAGAGAUUUUACUGGAGGCACUUUAGGCUUGGCCUGGGUCGCCAGUGCUUCCGGCGCUUCAGGAGGGAUUUGCGAAAAAUACAAAACUUACACCGAGACUAUAGGUGGUAUGUACCAGUCCACGAAAAGAUCUUUAAACACCGGAAUUAUCACUUUUGUCAACUACAACAGUCGCGUCCCGCCUAAAGUCUCUCAACUGACUCUUGCUCAUGAAAUUGGACACAACUUCGGCUCACCUCAUGACUUUCCACAGGAAUGUCGACCUGGUGGAUUGAAUGGGAAUUUUAUAAUGUUUGCCUCGGCAACCAGUGGAGACAGACCUAACAAUAGCAAAUUUUCUAGUUGUUCUAUUGGCAAUAUUAGUAACGUGUUAGAUGCAAUAGAUGACAAUAAGAAGAGGAAUUGUUUUACAGCAUCUGCAGGUGCCUUUUGCGGAAAUAAAAUUGUGGAAGCUGGAGAAGAAUGCGAUUGUGGUUACGACGACAAUGAGUGCCAGGAUAAAUGUUGUUAUCCCCGAAUUAUCAGCAUUGAAGAUCGACAAAGGAAUAUCAACGCCACUGGUUGUAGACGCCCCCGGGGAACCGAAUGCAGUCCUAGCCAAGGCCCGUGCUGUAAUGGAGAUACAUGCAAAUUUAUACAACCUUAUGAGCGCGAACUAUGUAAAACUGAGUCCGAUUGUUCCAUGUCUUCACAUUGCAAUGGAAAAAGUGCCGAAUGUCCGUCUCCACAGCCUCGACCGGAUAAAACGAAAUGCAAUAACGGAACUCAACUUUGCAUCAAGGGUGAAUGCUUGGGCUCUAUAUGCCUUGAGUGGAACUUGCAAGCUUGCUCUCUCAAUAGCCAUGAUAAGCCAGAUAUAAAUAAAAGAGAGCUGUGUGAAUUGGCUUGCCAAAAUGGUACUGAUAUUUGUAGAAGCACUAGAGAAUUUGCCGAGAAAGUCGGCCUACCAACAGGAGGAAUUAGUUUGCGACCUGGAUCUCCAUGUGAUAAUUUCCAGGGAUAUUGUGAUGUUUUCCUCAAAUGUCGAGCAGUCGAUGCUGAUGGCCCUCUAGUUCGUUUGAUGAAUUUACUACUUAAUAAGCAAACGUUGCUUACUGUAGCGCAAUGGAUCACUGAAUACUGGUGGGCUGUACUGUUGAUGAGUAUAGCAUUUAUGAUUUUCAUGGGACUGUUUAUUAAAUGCUGUGCAGUACACACACCUUCGUCUAAUCCAAAGAAACCGCCUGCUAGAAGAAUUAGCGAUACAUUACGAAGACCUAUGAAUACUUUAAGAAGAAUGAGGCAUCCGCACGGUGCCGCUGGACGGGCAGUUCCGGUUCCCGGUCGAAGUCGACCCGAUAGAUCGGGAAGACCCACUUCUAGUCAAGCAGGUCCUAGACAAGGGUAUGGAGAAGGUCGGGGUCAGUAUCAAGCCCCAAAAGGUAAAAGUAGUAAAUAUUAUUCUCCAUUAGCCACGGCACCGCCUUCCGCUGCCAGCUAUCAAUAUGCCGGAGCAUAUGAAAUGAGAAACAAAGUCUGACAGAAAGAUGAAGGAGGGACCAGUGAAUUAACUGCUCCUCCUAGGGUGUCUCCUCCGCCCGAUUAUCCAGGCACCCCAAUGUUGUCUAACAUAAUACUGAACUUCGAUCAACCAAGUGAUACAAACCAUGAUGCAAGAUGCAGUUUGCGAGUUCCGGACGUGAAUACUUCCCGACCGAGAGUAUCCAGUCCGGAAGUGAUAAUUCUGCCAGGUGUGAAUGUGAAUGCAGGCCUGGCAUCCGUAGCUGAACGAUCAUCAGAUUCAGUGUUUGUUUCGUAAUUUGGGAGUUGCAACAUUCGGAAUCAGCGGAACUUUUUUUCAUUCGCUUUGAAUUCAGUAAUCAUUGUGAUUGAUGUUUUGAUAAUGUAACUCAUCUAAGAUACUCUUCUGCAUGUCCCAGAUUAUGUUCCAGGCAACCUUCUGAUUAGGCCAGUCUUGUGCAACUGUACUGCAAGCGUUAGCCAACAUGUGUUUUGUGAUUGAACAUAGAUUUUUCAAGUGUGCGUGAAUUACCCUAAAAGUAAUUUGGUCAAAAAAAAACGGGUGAACAUAGAACAAGAUGUUUGUAAAAUUACGAAUUUGUGCUAUUUUGAAAUUAUUUAUCAGAAUCAAACAAGCGGCUCUGUAUUUACACUUUUAUCAAUUUCUUCGUAAAAAAUGACUUUUGCAAAUCUUGAUUUUGCAUAACAGUUCUUGUUCUGUCUGAUCGUAAUCACCUUUAGUUUAGUGUUAAGUUUUAUACCUUGAGGAAAGCUUUGUGAAGCAGUGUAAGAUAUUAUUUAGCUUUCUUUGAGUCAAGGCUGAUUUUCUUGUUCGAAUUUCCAUUUUGUAGAUUUUCAAUUAGAAAUAUUGUCCAUUUUAUUGUUAGUCAGAGGCGCAAUGCCCAGAACUUUGUUUAACACUUGUAUUGUUAAAGUAACAAAGGUAUGUUAGUGUCAUUGCCAAUAUUUUUACAGUAUAGCUACUUUUUAUUACUUCACCUACGUCGUACCAUUUGCCAUUGAUGCACCAAAUAUCCAAAUAGGUUAUUUAAAAAAUAUAUGAAAUAUUUUAUUACUUCUUUUAUUGAGUAACUCAAAUUCCACAUAAAGUACAUGGACAGUUAAAGUAUUAUUGGACGCUCUAGUUGUUUUAUAGUAAGCAUAUAACUUUAUUUUAAAUUGCAGGCUGUUUUGUGAUUAUAACAAAUGUAAACAACUAUAUUAUCAGAAAAGCGCCCUGUACCUCAUAUAUUAUAUAUUCUGACUUUAAGACCAAUGUAAAUUCUUUAACUAUCAUUUAUAUAUGCAAAUACUUCCUUUCGUGUUGGUACGUUUAACCACAUGGCAUUGUAUUUUGCAGUGGCCAAAGAAAAACACUAUUUCUCUUCAGUUUUAACCGAUUAUAUUUUCUUCGGUUUCCCUACAUACACCUUUGAAAGAUCCGUUUUUGGCGAGAUUAAUGGAGUUUUUUUCUGCUUUGAAUGAAUUGCAUAAUUUGAUAUUUUUCAGCAUAAUUCCAAUAAUUCCCCAAUAAUUACAUGGUAGUUUUAAAAAGAGUAUAAAUCCAUGUUUCCAUUUGUUGAAAUAUUGCUCAAUAUUUGCUGUACUUUCAAAGCCAAAGUCAAAUUUUAUUUAAGAUAUACUAUUUAUCUGUCUAUUAAAAGAUUUUCUUAUAUUAAGGGUAAAACAAUUGUUUUUUAAUAACGCGUCAGUGGAAUGCAAAUGCAACAUGAAAGCAACUCAAAAUUUAUUAUGCUAAUGUUCUUCAAAUAUUGAUUUAAAUUGACUUUUGUUAAUUCGACACUUUUUGAUUCAUUCCUUCGAAGUUCCUGCAAAAACAGGCGCACAACAAACAAACACAAUCCGCGCAAGAUUACAGAUUUUGAGACACGGAAAUUCGGGACUGGCCACUGUAAAAUUUUUCAAUGAAAGCAUUUUAUGUAUAUUUAUAUUAUCAACUUGCGACAAAUAUCUAUAUAAAAAAUGUGCAGAUUCUUUACAGAUCUCAUUAAUUUUAAAAACGAAAUAUUUUCUUUGCGAAAACGGUAUUUUUGUAAUGGGUGAAAAUUGUAUGUACUAUUGUUAACAUUUUUUGAAAAUGUGAUAAUUACUCAAAAAGCAAAAAAUAAGAUUUUCAAACUAUUUGUCUUCAUCCCAUAGAAGUUUAGUGUAUCAAUAUAAUAUAUUUGAUGCUAUUCUCCGUAUCUGGUAUUGUAAAAACAAUAUUUAUGUAAAUAAGGGAAAUUAAAUAGUUGUUUUUAUACGAA